GGCGCGAACGAGCAGCUCAGGUGGGUGAAUAAGCCCCCUCAGUGAGUUGAGAGCAGCGAGCAGCAGCGGCGCUCACUCCAGCAGAGACACGCAGAAGUAAAGGUGUUUCUGCCGAGGUUGAGCGGAGCAGGAGGGAGAAGAAGAAACUGGACCGUGUGUGUCAGCGCCAUGUCAGCCGCUGUCAGACGGCGGGAUGGCCAAAGGAGCGGGAGCUUUACUAGUUGCACACGUCGCCUCCGUGGUUUCUUUAGCGGACAGUUAAUUACCACUUGAAGUGAAGCUACAAUUUUGGGAGUCAGAGGAGGAGGAGGAGGAGGAGGAGGAGUGCUGUCAGAAGAGGAGUCGGUGGAUGUUCAGUCAUGGAGAUAAACAGGAGACUUCGAGCCAUACUCGUGUUGAUUUGGAUCUGCCCAGGUGAUGCUCAGAAGGUGGAGAUGCCAAGCAAAGAGAUGGAGGUGGUGAGGGGGCAGAUGGUGGUGCUGCAGGCGUGGUACAGUCCCAGCUCGGACAUUUCCAAAAACACCGUCAUUUGGCACUUUACAGGGAACGAGUCCAAGCAGGUGAUAAACUUCAGCUCAGGUAAAGUCGGGCACGGUCACAAUGAUUUCACCAAAAGAGUUGGCUUUAGUGUGACCAUGCCCUCGGCCAACCUCUCCAUCUACAUCAACAAAACCCAGGAAAGCGACUCGGGUCUUUACUUCUGCCAUGUCAUCGUCCCUGGAGGUCACGGCAUUUCUGGAGAGAUGAGGCUUAACGUCAAAGUCCCUCCUUCUCCCCCAGUGUGCCGCAUGACCGGAAACCCCGUGGUGAGAGGCAACGUGACUCUGAGCUGCAAGUCCAACCACGGAAAACCUGUCCCUCAAUACAAGUGGACCAAAGCUGCACCCACAUCCGAGGUCUUCUUCUCCCCAAUCCAGAAAUGGAGAGCCUGCUCCCAGCCCAUGCUUGUCCUUGGGUUCAUGGACGAGCGGCAUGGCACCCUCAGGCUGAGCAACCUCACCAAAAGCAUGUCAGGGAAGUACAUCUGCAGAGCCAGCAACACGGCCGGCUCCGACAGCUGCUCCAUUAACCUGGAGGUCAUCACCUCUUCCAAUGCAGGCGUGAUCGCAGCAGCCACCCUGGGCUCGGUGGUGGGACUGGUCGCCAUGGUGCUGCUCUUCAUCUUUUUACUGAAGAGGAGACAGGACUCGGAGGAGGAGAUGUCCAAUGAGAUCAAAGAAGACGCUCAGGCGCCAAAGAGAGUGUCGUGGGCAAAGAGCAACACCGGCUCCGACAACGUGUCCAAAAAUGGCACGCUGUCCUCCAUAGCCACCAGCCCCCACUCACGAGACCCCCAUCCGCCCAACUUCCAGUACCCUUACUCCCCCAUGUCGGCGUCAGACACGGGGUCGGUGAUCAACGCCUACCAGCUGCGGCCCGGGGAGCCCAACACCUUACAGGGGCUGCCGGGCUACAACGUUGGCGGCACGCCCACCCGGAAACACAAGAGGCCCCCCACUGCAAACGGGGGUCCUCCGCAGGUCCUGAGGAGCCCUGCGGUCAGCGUCCCUAAAAGAACUGAGGGGGCUCAGCCUCAGGUGCCGCCUCCCCUCUGCGUGUCCCCGCAGAUCAGCUCCUCCACCCUGACGCGCAUGGGGGCGGUGGCGGUCAUGGUGCCCGCUCAGAGCCAGGCGGGCUCGCUGGUGUAGCAGAAACUGCAAAGAAUUCAGAGCAGAUGGGCAUGAGCAGACCCCCCCUGGCAGCAGGACGUCAUUAUGGAGGGUUUGGGCUUCAUUCAGACAUUUGUUUUACUGAAGACAUUUACGUGUGGUUUUGUUUUUUUGUUUUCCAAUGCUGCAUUCAUGUUCACAUAAGAGAAGUCUAUUUUUAUUUACACCUUUCAUUUGAAGGCGUCCGUUUAACCAUCAUUUACUUCACAAAGUGUUUCAUCAUUUAAAUGAAGUUGUUUUUCUGACUUGCAGAGUUUUUGAACUUUCUUCACUUCACCUGGCUGUGGCGCUUCAGUUUUCCACGUUAUUUCUGAUCAAAACCAUCUUUGAUGCUGUGGUAACCGUGAGGACAUUCUCCAGUAAUCUACCUAUGUGGAGCUGGAAUGUAACUUUAAGUAGUGGAUGUGAACCUUGGAGAGGUUUUCUCUUUAGCUGCUUGAUUUAAACUGCAAACAUGGUGCCGUGUUUUUUUUAAAUUUUAUGUUUGGACUGCAGAAAAUCCUCAUCAGCCAGUGAGUUUUCCUCCAAUUGUUCUCCUGCAUUCUGAGAAGAACACAGCCGUGACAUGUGGACAUGGAAAAGAGAACACGGAACUACUUUUCCUGCAGAUUUGACUUUUGAAUAAAGUGUUCUGGAAGUGUUUAUCCAA